AUGCUCAAGUUAUCAUUCUUAAUCCUCACAAUAGCUCUAGUCUCAGCAGACCGUCCUAAAAUAUUUAAGAGUCAAUUUUUACAAGAAAUCAGAGAUUUCGAGACUGGUCUAAGAGAAAAAUCUGGGCCACUUGUCGAUCCUCCAGCUGGACAUGGGCUACCUGAAUUUUCAGAUAUUCCGUUAAACUUGGAACCAGAUCAACUAAAGGCUGAAAUUAGAGCUUGGAAACUAGCAGAGCAAGCAGCAGAAACAGAAUUUUAUGAACAAACAAAUCAAGCAUUAGUUAAUGCACAAGCCAAAAGAGAUGCUUGCACUAGUAAAUAUACAACUCAAGAGGAAAUAGAAGAGUGCCAACAGAAAGCAGAGCUUGAAAUUGAAGCUGUUGAAAAUAUGAUCACUGACUUGCAAGGCUCACACGCCGCAGAAGAAGAAGCUUUUGAUAGUGCAAUUGAAGCAAUCCUUGAAUAUCGUGAAUUGAACAAUGACAUUGAAAUUUAA